GUGGUGUAUAAAAGUGACUGGAUACACUCUAGAGCUGAGAUAUUAAUAACUGUCUUUUUUCAUGGAGAUCAUUUAAUUGUCAAAGCUAACAAAGACUUUCGCGCUUUUGUAUUUUACCUUCCUGCAGCAGCCAAAUGAAUAAUGCCUCUGUGGCAAAAGCAAGCAAAAAGCAAGAGCAACAGUUAUCCCUCCGUCAGAGGAUGGCACUAUUUCAGGCCAGUCCUACAGACAGACAGACAAGCUGUAAAGGAAGUGAUACGUGUAAAAGCAAAAAGGGUGUAGCAGAAACAUCCAUCUCGGUAUCUCUUCGUGUUCAAAAAGAAGUCAAUGAAUACAAAGCCUGCUCUUCUUCUACCCUAAGUAAUAAUCACCUCAAUGAAACUCCCAUGUUUACCUCAUGCCUCCCACCCUCUGACCCCUGCAAUAGUCAAGAGCUCAUCUCAUUUCUGCUCCCUUCCUACUGUGACUCUCUCUUUAAGUCAAUAUGUAGUUUAAAAGAAGAGGGUCUACUAUUAGACUGCAGCUUACAACUUCUUGGUAAUUCUCACAAAGCUCACCAAUUGGUGCUUGCUGCUGUCAGUCAAAAAGCAGAGGCGUGGCUGUGCUCCAAGAACAUGGAGGUGAAUUUGGAUAAUUUAGGAGGAUCUGCAUGUCAUAUAACUUAUGCAGGACUGAAAGCUGUUUUGAACUUUGCUUACUGUGGAGAAGUGAAUAUGAUUUACCCUGAGGCCAGAAAUUUGGAAGAGAUUCUGAUGGCUUGCAGGUGCUUAGAAGUGGAUCGACUCGCAGAGGUGUGCAAGGCUGAAGAUCCAUCCUCAGGGAGAGUGGAGAGAAAACACAGCCUGCAGAUUAUAAGGACUCUGUGGAAGAGGCAUGUUGGCUGUGAUGUUAUCAUGGAGGUGGAAAGUGGAGAACGUUUCCCUGCCCAUCGUGUUAUACUUGCUGCUGGAGGAGACUACUUUAGAGCCCUCUUUUGCAGUGGCUUACGAGAGUCCAAAGAGAAGGUGGUGUGUAUGCGAGGCAUUGCAUCGUGGGUGCUGGAAUCCCUGUUGGAGUUCAUAUACUCUGGACAGUUAAAGCUGGGCUGGCAGAAUAUCUGGGACCUCACUGAAGCGUUUCUGCAAUUCCAGCUACAAGGGGCACACACACUAUGCUCACAAUUUCUACAUGACCAUAUGAAUGAUGCUUCCUGUUUAGACACUCUGUUUCUAGCUGAGACAUAUGGACUGGAGCAUCUUGGUAAGGCAGCAGAAGAGUAUGCUUUAUCCCACUUUCAGCAGGUUUCAGAGAGAGAGAAUUUUAAAGAUCUCACAUGUACCCUACUGGAGCGUCUGCUAGGAAAAGAUGAACUGAGAGUAGACUCUGAGGUGGCAGUGUUCAGGGCCUUAAUGAGUUGGGUUGAGGAGAAUAAAGCAUACAAUCUGCCCAAUUUAUCAGAACUUCUCCGGAGAGUCCGCUUCCCUUUAAUGAGUCCAACAGAGCUAGAGGAGGUUGAGGACUGCAGACUGCUAAGUAGAAAUGCAGAAGGAAGGGAAGCCUUACAGAUAGUGAGGAAGCUUCUCAAAGAAAACCAGGGAGCAAUAGAAUGUAAACCACGUAACCCAAAUCAGGUCUUGGUGUUGGUGGGAGGGGACAGUGUGAAUGAUAACUUUGAGCGGCGGGAACCAAACCGGACCCUGUGGUUUGCUCAGCGCUUUCUGAGAGGAGAAGGGCUCAUGCGGACUAUAGACUGGGAACCUCUGGUUCAGCUACCAGACCCUCCACGACUUCGCCACUGUGUUUGUGUGCUCAAUAACUUUUUGUACAUACUAGGAGGCCGCAAGUACUAUGGAAAACUGGAUAUACUCAAGUCUGUGGUGAGAUUCAACCCUGCACAUUGUAAAUGGGAGUGUUUGCCUGAUAUGGCCAGUCCCAGAGACUACUUUGCUGUUGUGUGUUGGAGAGGCAAGGUGUUUGUCCUGGGAGGCAACCGUGAUGACACAACUUACCUGGAUUCUGUGGAGUAUUACACACCUGAAGACAAUACUUGGCAGUCGGCUCACCCUUUAGACACACCCAUUUGUGGCCAUGCUGCUGCCAUAUUGGAUGGUGAGAUUUUCCUAUCAGGAGGCUGUGACUCUCAUCUACACUGUCUUCCUUCUCUGUGGCAUUAUGAUCCUGUCUAUGGCUGCUCAAACAGGGCUCCGAUGGAGAGUGGAGCUGGCCGUGCAGGUCAUGUGAUGCUGGCUGUAGGAAAUCAACUGGUCGUGGCUGGAGGGCUGCAGCCGCUGCAAGUAGGUUUUGGGGACCAGUUACAAUGCGAGGCAUAUGAUGUGUUGCAUAAUUGCUGGAUGCCUCUUCCCCCUCUGCCACGACCCCAUCUUUCUCCUGCAGCCACAUCUCUGGAUGGAAUGCUAUAUGUCUUGGGAGGGUAUUCAUCUGAUUCAGGAUAUGACACACCAUGGGUUUAUCGAUAUGACCCACGGGACAAAUUCUGGGACAAACUGGGGACAAUGCCUCAUGCUUAUGCUGACCUUGCAGCAUGCAUGCUUCAAUUACCCAUAGGCCUCAGGGGUUAAUGUUUUCUGAAUAUUCCAGAAUAAUAUUCUGUUGAAAACUGUAAAGUGUUUGUUAAAUAGCAUAAAUUGUGCAUGGUACGGUACAUGAAAGGUCAAUAAUAUAAAAUACAUGGCCAGUUAAAAGUAAAGUAAAGUCUGACCAGUUGAAAAUUUAAGGAUUUAAAUAUGUACAGUUUGAGUCUUGAGGUCAUGCAGUUUCAUUAAAUGCCUUACAACAAAUUAUAGCAGGAAAAAAAGCCACAUCAGGACUAAUUUUAUUCACUAGAUUUACUUCAGAAAAAUACACAGAUGAAAGAAAAUUCAUAGAAAUUCAUGGCCGAUGAAAAUGCGCAAGGUUUUUCCAGCGUGUGAUGUGUAUAUGCAGAGUAACCACAGCUUUUUAUUUACCUGCUGUAAAAGUUUGAUACACUGCUAGAUUUAAAUAUAUUUCAUGUACACGUUUUCGAAAUACAAUCUCACUUCCUGUUUUGACUUUUACUCUCUGAAUUGUUUGCAUGCUAUAUGCACUUCCUGUUGUUGGUUUCAAUGUCAGUGAAGUUCUCAUUUACCAGUUUACAGUUCAGACAUGAAAUAAUGUCAUAGGGUGUUUUGAGAUGAGCAUGAUCCAGGAAUUUAUUUGGAAAAAGAGAUUUAAAAAAAGAAAAUGGUAUAGUGACUUGGUGCUAAGUUCAGUCAGUGUGCCAAGUUCUAUAACAUCUAAGGGCUGACAUAUAAUAAUAAUAAUAAUAAUAAUAAUAAUAAUAAUAAUAAUAAUAAUAAUAAUAAUAAUUAGAGCAGUAACAAACACAGCAGAUGCCUACAUUUGGUGCUUCGCACAAAUAAAUUAUAAUCCUUCAAACACCAAAAUAAAUCAUAUAUAAUAAUAAUUAUUAUUAUUAUUUACAUUUUAUUGAGUAAUUGGAUUGUAACUUAAGAUUUAAAUUAAGACAGCCCUGGUUUGUACCGUUAUAAAAGCUCAAAGUUGCAUGAACCACAGAAUGUUUUUUGCAUGUUCAUUAAAUACAAGGAUAUUAGUUAAAACAAUAAAGUAAAAGAUCAUUACUAAUAACUUAAGUAUUACUGUGUUGUUUGUCAUAAGAAUGUUUUAAAAAUACUGCAUACAGAAACUGAUUAGAGAGUUUUUGAGAACAUUUUAAUGAAGGACAUUUGUUAUUCUUUUCUACAUUACAGCCUUCUACUUUUCUCGAUUAUUGACAUCUAAGUUCAACACACAGAUCCUGCACUAUAUAUAGGGAUUGAGGUAUAUGAUGUAUUAGUUCUGCUGGAGGACAGAAAUUAUGUCAAUGUGGUCAUUAAAGAUGUAUGUAUUUGGGAUUUAUUAGGGAUAAAUAUAAAUGUUAAUGUUAAACUUUAAACUCAGAAUUUUUUAAUUUCUGCAAAAUGCAAAAUUACUAAAAGUGGUAUACAAAUAAAAUGCAGUUGAAUUACAAUUGUUAUUGUAUUGCACAAGACUCAGAUGUUGUUGUUACUAUUGUCCUUGUCCUGCUGCCUGUAAAGUGUCGCAAUCACCUGAUCCGCAUAUCGGGAUUUUGGCACGUUUGACACUGAAUGCCCUUCCUUAUACAGGCUUGGAACGAGCACUGAGAGUCUACCCUUCAAUGGUUGGGUCGAACCUAGACCGUGGCUGUGAGACUUGUAAAUACUGCUUAGAAAAUAAUGAAGUCCUAUUAACAUACUAAUUAAUUAAUGAAACAGAAGUUAAUAUGUGGUAAUGAUGUGCUGUUCUUUUAUGGUUAAAUCCUGUAUAGUUUGUUAUGUGCUGUUGGAAAGUAUCGUAGUGUUUAUGAAUUUAUAAAGAACUUUAUGUGGACACUAUGUAAAAAAGAAAAGUGCGAAUUUAAAUUUCUCAUCAUUUAGACAACAAUUCCCUUUGGAGUGUCUCA